AUGAGUCUAGUUUAUGUACAAGUUAGCGACAUAGAUGUUGUCUUACCGCUUUCGGUUUUUUCGCCUCAGGUAACUCUAAUAGUUUCCAGGAUGGAAAAUGUAUUAGAGAACCGCAAGCGCAAAAUGAAGUUUGGAGUGAGGGAAUUGGCGGUGUUGGUGGAAGAGGCAAACAAACAUAUUGGUGAGUUACAGGAAAGAAAUCUGAAUAUAUCCCGUAGAAAUGCUAUAUGGGAGACAAUCUGUAAGAAAGUCAAUGCCGUGGGUAAAACAAGGAGAACGCCAGAUGAGGUUAAGAAAAGGUGGCAAGAUAUCCGAAGAAGAACAAAGGAAAAAAUGGCUCAGAAUAAGACGCCUGCAAAUAAAACAGCUGGGGGACCGGCGGAAGACAUACCGCUGUCUGCCAUUGAGGAGCAGUUGCAGUUAACCUUCUGCGAUGAGAACAUUAUUGGAAUCGAGGAGUUUGACAUCCUUCAACCAAAAACUGAACGCAAAGAGUCUGCAUUAGAAAUUCCAGAAUCCUCACCGCACUCAAGUCAGCCAAAGUCACCAAUUGAUACUGCUGCAGAGCCCCAAAAUCAUGCACCUUAUGAGGACAUUGACAAGGAGUUGCUGCAGCAACAGAAAAAUCAGUCUGCAGCACUUCAAAAUGGCUUGCAGUCCAUUGUACACGAGGUGAGAGCUGUGUCCUCUGUGAUGCGUGCGUCCAGACGGGACACUCAGGCCAUCGUUGCGCAGACCAGGCAACUGGUCAGUGCCGUGUCUGACCUGACGACAGCCAUCCAUGUCCUGACAAGAGUGAUAGAAGACGGGGUACGGACAGUCGGGACUCAGAGGUCCUUCUGUUCCAGUGGCCCCUCAACUGAGCUGACAGGAAAUGAAGAUGAAGUGGAGGGCGCAGGAGGAGCUGAAUGUGAAUUACGCUCACGUGAACCACAGCGUAAACUGCGAAAACGUAAAACUACAUUGGACGAAACAAUUUUGACAAAAAAUACGUAGCUGGGCA